GCCAGAUACAACUUUCCACUUGCUACAAUAAAAAAAUGGCUUGAGUCUCAGAAGAUGCAUCAAAUUUAUCGUUCUUCACCAAAGAAUACACCUUAUGCUAGUUAUUCUAGAAUCUCAAAACCUAAUUGUGUUCAUCAGUGCGAUUUAAUUGAGAUACUAUAUGAUGAAGACAAUAGAUAUAAAGAUUUUGUUUUUUUAAUAUCAAAGAGCAGUUCAGAAGUUGCCAAUGCAUUUAGAAAUAUUUAUGAAAAUCCUAAUAAUUACCUUAUAUAUCCUCGAUUGUUGCAAUGUGAUGAAGGGCGUGAAUUUAUGGGGAGUGUAACUUUAUUGAUAGUUGAUUGUUAUGCUGGACUUUUUACUUUAAGAGUUUUUAAGAAUCAAUAUGUGAUAGAAUUCCUUUUACCUACUGGUAAAUGCUGUAGAGAAUAUGAACGAUUUGCAAGAAGAAUUGUGGGUACUGGAAGAUAA